AAGAGCUGAAUUACCUUCUGAUAAAAAGAUCAUGGGGAUUUCUUCUAAAAAGAAUAAUUACUAUGAUAUCCUCUGUGAAAUUGGUAAAAAAUUACAACUUAUUUUUGAAAAACUUCCUAAAAAAAUUCGUCAGGUCAAAAAUAUAGAUGAUCGUGUAAUGUCAGAUGUUGUACUUAAUGGCAAAUUAUUUGUGGCAGCUUGUGAUGAGAAAUUACGUGUUCCAAAUAUCAUUAUGUCAUUAUAUGCUAAUAACAGAUCACACCCUGAACCAUGGCAACUUUUAAUAUGCACACCUUUAACAACCUCAGAAGAAUUAACAAUUUUUAUUAAGCGUUGUUUUUUUGCAGCAAAUAAUGGGCAUAAAGAUCAUUUGUUUUGCAUAGCAAAUUUAGAAUUAUUAGAUUUUGAAUUACAAUAUAACUUGGUUAAAUUUAUCAGAUUGAUGUGUAAACGUGAAAAAAAUUAUUUGUUGGCAUUGAUUUGUUGUCGUGAGCCUGGAAUACAUCAUCACAUUUUAGAUCAAUUUUCACAAGACGUAUGUGUAACUAAUGGGCUGAAUACUGAAUCAAUGAAAGCAAUAUUCCAUGAUUUGUGUCCAAAUGUGACUUCUUUAUCUUCAGAUCUUUCUGGGCAAGGAAAAACAGAAUGGAUUAAACAAGACAGUUUUGAAAAAGGAAAAGUUACUUGUAGUCUUUUAAUCAGUGAUGGUUUAAAUUUUAGUAAGCUUGUUAGUCAGCUUAAAGAAUGUAAAUUACGAAAAGUCGAAAGUUUACACUUGAACAUUGUUUCAGCUGAAAAUCCUAGCGAAGUAAACAUGUUUCUUUUUGAAUUAUUAAUUUUAGGAAUAGUUUCUAAUAGUGUAGAUAUAGCUAUUUUACCUGCAACUGAAAUUUAUAUUGAGGUAGCUUCAACAACUGAACAAAAAUUACUAAACUCUAUGCCAAUUAUUAGUUAUUUGAGAAGGAAACAUUUGUCAUGGGAUAUCAAUAACCUUGUAAUAUCUCAAGAGAUCAACAGUCCAAUUCAAAUAGUAUGUCAUUAUUUAAAUGCAUUUGAUUGUAAGGCUAUUGAAGAAAUAGAUAUUCUAUUCAAGACUGACAAAAAAAUUACAGUUCCUUUGCCUGCAAACAUGUGUCAUGGACUUAUUACAAAAUAUUUCUUUAAUCAAAAUGCUGAUGAUGUUUCAUCAUUUAGAUUUAUAGAAAUUUUUGUGAAUGUGUUUGCUGAUCAAUUAGUAAGGUUUCUUUCAAUUCAAUAUCUUCAAGUUGGGGACCUUAAAUUAAUGAUAAAAGAAAAAAACAUUAUAUCAACCUUAUUUAAUGCAUUACUUGAAAUAUCAAAAGAUUUUGCAACCAAGUCAAUCAAAACUAAAGCUGCUCAAUUAGAAGCAACAAAUAAAUCUGAAGCUGCAAAAUUGGGUACAAUAGUUAAAUGGGAUGAUUCAAAUCAUCUACUUAUAUUUUUCAUGUCACAAUCACCUGAUUCAAUUUGUGCUCUAUAUCGUAAUAAAACAAAGGUUCCAAAUAAUGUAAAGAUGUUGUUGAAGAGUCAAUCAGUUGGACAAAAAAAAGAUGAGCUUGAUGAUUAUAAUCAAUUGGAAUCAAAAGUUCUUUUAGACAGAUUAGAAGGUCUUGCAAGAAGAACCUUACAUCCUAUUAAAUAUCCCAAUUAUGCACUCUCUGCUGACAAUUUAAUCAAAAUGGCACUUAUACUAUUAAGAGCUCGUGCAAAUAUUCCAGUAAUUGUUUGUGGUGAAGUUGGUUGUGGAAAGACAAGCUUGAUAACAUUUUUGGCAAAAGUUGUUGAAGUUAAUUUUAAGGCAAUAAAUCUACAUGCUGGUGUUCAAGAAAAACAAAUUAUUGAAUUUGUCAAAGAUGCUCAAAGGGGAGCAGACAAAUGGGAAACAUGGUUAUUCUUUGAUGAAAUCAACACCUGCAAUCAUAUUGGACUAUUAUCUGAUCUUAUUGCUCAUAGAAUGCUUGAAGGGAAACAAAUUCAUUCAAAUAUUCGACUUUUUUCAGCAUGUAAUCCAUAUCGUUUCCAUACUAAAAGUGUUAGUGAUGCUGGAUUACAAACAAAAGUGGGAAUAUAUGAUGAAAAAAAUAAACUUGUUUAUCAAGUGAAACCAUUACCCAAUCAAAUUUUGGAUUAUGUAUGGGAUUAUGGUGUACUUCAACCAGAAGAUGAAAAGAAAUAUAUUCAUAUAAUGUUACAAGACCAACUCCCCAAAGAAUU